CGAAAAUAUCACGAGAUGAUAUAAUGGAACGAAGAACUGUAUAAAUUGUCAACAAUUUCUUUAAACAUUUUUAAUUUUUCAUUUUCGUUCGGCAGAGAAACAGUGAAAGAUGAAAGGUGUAUUAAUUGUUUUGUUUUGUGCUGUUGGAAUUGUGUACGGUUGUACUCCAUCCGUUACUAGAGUAUCUGGGACGGUAGCUCCAAGUAACUACUGUUCUGGUGAUAUUAUCUUCGAGGAUAAUUUCAAUAACAUCAAUUUCACAAAUUGGUUCUUUGAGAAUACAUUAGCUGGUGGUGGAAAUUGGGAAUUCCAAUGGUAUCCAGGACAUGACUAUGCAAAUCUGUAUUCAGAAAAUGGAUUUUUGAAAUUUGCGCCAACUUUUACUGCUGAUCGUUAUGGUGAAGCUUUUCUCACCUCUGGAAGGGUUGUGAUUCCACCAGAUCAAUGCACACAAGCUGACUGGUAUGGAUGUGAACGUACAGGAACUGCUGAAAAUAUAAUCAAUCCAAUUAGAAGUACAAGAAUUGAUACACGACAAUCUUUUGGAUUUGUGUAUGGAGAACUUGAAAUUCGUGCAAAAAUGCCUGCUGGUGACUGGUUAUGGCCUGCACUUUGGCUUAUGCCACAAAAUAAUGUCUAUGGAGGAUGGCCACGAUCUGGUGAAAUUGAUUUAAUGGAAAUGCGCGGUAACAGAAACUUAUUCAGUGGCUCCACAAAUGUUGGUGUAGAACAAGGAGGCAGUACUAUGCAUUUCGGACCAAACUGGAACUUUAAUGGAUGGCCAACAGCACAUCAUACUCGUAAUCAACAACCAGGAUUUGAUGCAGGAUUUCAUCUUUAUAGAUUAAGGUGGACACAAACAGAAAUUCAAUUUUGGUAUGAUAAUAAUCUUGUAGGAACUGUUGCUGCAGGCACUGGAUUUUGGGAUCGUGGAAAUUUCCAUAAUUCAGGAUUUACAAACCCAUGGGUCAAUGGAACUGUUAUGGCUCCAUUUGAUCAGGAAUUCUUCAUCAUUAUGAAUCUUGCUGUUGGAGGAACAAACUAUUUCUCUGACACAUUCGUAAAUGUUCCAAACCCCAAACCAUGGCAUAAUGACAGUCCAACAGCACCACGUGAUUUCUGGAGAGGACGCACUGCUUGGGAACCAACAUGGAAUCGUGGAACUGAAGAUUCAUUCAUGCAAGUCGAUUAUGUUAGAGUUCGAGCUUUGUAAAAUCAAUAAAUAAAAUUUCUGAAAUUAAAAUGUUGAUCUGAAG